UCUUUUUGGGUGGUGGUUGGGGCAAAAAUCUCUUCUGGGUAGCUUCUAAAAUCGGGUUUUCAUCACUUCUGAUGUUCUGACUUAAUUGCUGGAACUAUUUGAUGUCACAGGAUAGAGGAAAACUUAACGAAUUCAUGGUGGCACUCAUGACCAAAGGAUUGUUUGGAUUUUGGAAGUUGACAUUUGAUGAGGAAUAUCGUUAUAAUUCAUGGAAAGCUCAUCACAUUAAUCAUUGGAAGUAACAACUUGGGUAAUGGACUGGCCAUAUUUGCUUGAUCUGUGUGUAUGUGAAUGAUGUCCAGUGGACAAAAAGGGAGGCAUGCUCCUAGCAUAUUCAAUUGGAAAUUGCAUGGGGAAUCAUCUUUAACCACAGGACUGCAUAAUGACGUGCCUCCUGAGAUCGAGCUAUCUGAUUAUCGAAGGCUGCCAAGUUCUGGUAGUGAGAGCCCUUCUCGGCUUCUCAAUGAUGAGGACUUGAAGGUAGAACCAAUUGCUGAUUUAGACCUAUUUUUUGAAAGGCUGUAUACCUACUACUGUGAAAAUGGUCUUUGGUGCAUUAUCAUCAAGUGGGUGGUUGAACUGCUGAGCCUGGGUUUCACAAUAUGUUUCUCGGGGUUUUUCCUGUUAUUUGUUGACUGGAAUGGCCUACGAAAGGUAAAGUGUGGGAUAGAUGCAUUUGGGUCUGGAAAGAACUGUGAUCUGGCUAAGGAAGCUCUUCAUUCACACCCAUUAACUCCUUUUACACUUUCCAAAGGUAUAAUUGUUGGAUAUCUGGGAAUAUUUUCCAUCUACUGGAUCUUCUGUUUUUUGAGGUUCUUUUCCCAAUUGAAAGACACUUUGGAGAUCCGCCAUUUCUACUAUCAUAGUCUCCAUGUGACCGACCGUGAAGUUCAAACUACCUCAUGGGCAUCAAUUCUUGAGAAGGUAGUUCAGAUACAAAGGUCAGAGCAACUUUGUGUAGUGAAGGAUCUCUCAGCACAUGAUGUGGUAUUGCGAAUAAUGCGCAAAGAGAACUAUUUAAUUGGGAUGCUGAACAAAGGUGUCCUUGCUUUUCCAAUCUCUUGGUGGGUCCCAGGUGCUGGUCCUGUUGUGAACUCUGGAAAGGAAGGAAAGAAAAACUAUUUAAUAUUGACAAAGACUCUUGAAUGGACCUUGAAUUGGUGCAUAUUGCAGAGCAUGUUUGACAGAAACUUUUGUGUCCGAAGGGACUUUAUUUCUAACCCUUCUUCGUUAAAAAAGAGGCUAAUGGCAGUUGGGCUUGGGAUGCUUCUACUCUCUCCAUUUCUUGUGAUAUUUAUGUUGGUAUAUCUCUUCCUAAGGCAUGCUGAACAGUUCUACAACCAUCCCAGUACUGCAUCAUCCCGAAGGUGGUCUACCCUAUCAAAAUGGAUCUUCAGGGAAUUCAAUGAGGUUGACCAUCUGUUCAGACACCGUAUUAAUAACAGUGUAGUACAUGCUGCUGAUUAUUUGAAGCAAUUUCCAUCCCCUAUUGUUUCUAUUAUAGCCAAGUUUAUCUCUUUUGUUUCUGGUGGUUUCGCUGCUAUUUUGAUCAUAAUUGCAUUUCUAGAAGAAUCUCUUCUGGAGGGCCAGAUAUACGGUCGCAACUUGUUCUGGUAUGCUGCUGUUUUUGGAACUGUAACAGCUAUUAGCCGAGCUGCAGUGACUGAUGAGCUUCAGGUCCUUGAUCCACAAGGGGCUAUGUCUUUGGUAGUCCAACAUACACAUUAUAUGCCAAAGAGGUGGCGUGGGAAGGAAAAUACAGAUAUGGUCUGGAUGGAGUUUGAAACAUUAUUUCAGUACACUGGAAUGAUGUUAUUGGAGGAGAUGGCCUCUAUUUUUCUCACCCCAUACUUGCUCCUAUUUGUUGUUCCAAAGCGCGUGGAUGCCAUUUUGCAGUUCAUUUCUGAUUUCACGGUGGAUGUUGAAGGCGUAGGUCAUGUUUGCAGCUUAAGUGUCUUUGAUUUUGAAGCCCAUGGAAAUAGUAAUUAUGGUUCACCAUACAAUGCCCCUCGCUCCCGUAGAAGCUCCCAAGGGAAAAUGGAGAAAUCAUUCUUAAGCUUUCAGAGUAGCUACCCUACCUGGGAACCCAAUGCUCUAGGAAAGCAGUUCUUGUCCAUUCUUAGAAACUUCAGGGAGCAGAAAUGGCAAGGGCAGGGAACUCAACAAGCAUAUUCUCCUCCUAGGACAUGGCCAAGGGGUGAAGCCAACAUGCAUAGUUUUUUCUCAAAGGAUGUAUUUAUCAAUAAUAAUGGGGGUCUUCCCAGAACAGACUAUCAGUUAGGUUCAUUGUGGGCAAUAGGUGCAGAACAAAGAAAUCACCCUUACCUACUUGAUUGGUAUUACACAUCUCGGCCCCCUCAUAUAGCCAGUAAUUCAAAAGAUACUCCAAAUUUACACAGUGAAGUUGCAGGGAAGCCAUCUAGAGAAAUCUGGCCGACAUUUACAAACCAUGAUACACAUUAUGAACCAAGAUUUGAUGGAAACUGGGGUUAUCCUCCAGAGGACCGGAUACAGAGUCAUUUGGGAGCCUCCACUUCAUCCUCUUUCUUCCGGGAAAGUGUGCUUCAGCACCAUGACUUGGGUGAUGCUAAGUACUCCAAUGACAGCCAUUGGUGGGCCCGAAGUGGACGGCACUCAGUGGAUCCCCAGACAAGUUUCCUUGAGCCUCCUAAUUUUGUUCGUCACACUUCUGAUGAUACCCAUGUAAAUUUUUCGGAUAAAAGCUCAGAGCAGGAGCAGGAGCAGGGGCAGCACUCGGACUGGAUACAGUCCCGCACAUUGUCUAUGACAGCGUAUACGGAUGACUACGAGAUUGAUGGGAAUUUUGAUCUCCCAUUCAAUAUUUAUAAUAAGCCAUUGGGAAACCUUACUAUAAAUGCACAGCGAACCAGCAGUGAGUGAUUACUUGGAAUAGAACCUCUAGUUCUCUUUUCAAUUCCUUUCGAGAUUCUUUGCCUCUGGCAUGUGUUUGGAUUGCUUGCUAGUCAGUGUGGAGCAAAGAUGAUCUAUGUGAUGUUUUUCCUACUCAUAGGAAGAAGCUUCAUAUUCUUUGGUGUAUAUAAAUUCCAUUACUAGGAUAGAUCCUGUAUGAUUCUUCCGCCUUUGUGCUCGGGAAGGUGGCCAAAGGAUUAAAGGAGCCACCAUAAACUUCUCACAAGUGUAAACAGAUAAAUUAUUAUUUAACUCAAUCCAUUCCUUUUCAAUU